AGUGCUAGGCGCUACUUGUUAUUGGACUAUGGACCAAAGCUAGAUGGGCGUGUUUUGUUCAGCUCAUUAAUAUAGCCUACCAGCAUUAAGAAAUACUUUACUAUAUGAAUUAAAUCAAAGGUAAAGAGAUCUAAAGCUGCUGUGUUUGUUAAAGUCAUUGAGUAAAAUGGCAACCUUUUCACACUACACAAUUGACAAGGGAUCUGACAUUAUUCAAGACUUCUUGUGCUCGACCUGUGAAGACAAGAAACUGGAUCAAACGGCUGAUUUCUACUGUAAUCUUGCGGGAAGUUUUACUGCAGAAUUUGUAUUCCUUUUCACAACCAGUUGUUCACAAAACAUGUCCCCUUUGGAAAAGGGCGAUAUGAAGAAAUGGCCAGUGUCCAAAAAGGUGGAAGAUUUUCUUCUGAAAUGUGAUGUCCAUAAAGAUAAAAACCUUGAAAUGGUUUGUGAUGAACACAGUGAGCUGUGCUGCACAAAUUGUGCAUUUCUUAAUCACAGACUCUGCAAAAAGGUAACUCUUAUAUCCGACACAGUAACAAGUCGGUCCACUGACCUUAAAAAACUGUUAGUUUCUAUCCAAACUAUGCUUAAAGAAAUGAAGAAACUUCAGGACGACCAGGAGGCUAGCAUUCGGUAUGUGCAAAGUACAUAUGAUAAGCAGUUACACACUAUACAAGAAACUCGGCGAGAAAUAAAUCUCGUCUUAGACACUAUUGAACAGAAGACACUGAAGGAAAUGAAAGAUACUCUAACUAAACUGCAAGCUGCUUCCAAAAGUGAUGUUGAAAAACGUGUAAGGCUGCAGGAUGAAUUGAAACAACUUCGAGAUGCCAUACAGGACAUUAGUUAUAAAAGCAAGCUGGAACUAUCAUUUAUAGCCACCAGGAAAUGGGAGGAGAAAAUAAAACAGUCUUACAUCUUUCUGAAGAAGGACUCUCAUCAGGUUAAAAUUUCAAUAACAUUCCAGCCUAACACCAAAAUUGUACAGUACUUGUCCAAACUGCCAGGGCUAGGGAGUAUUGAACACAGUACCCAUAUGGUGAUGGAACAAGAGGAUCCAAACAAGGUGUUCACUGUGCAGUGGAAGUCUGUACAAAAUGUGAGAAUAUCAAGUGAUUCAUUCCAAUGCAGUAUCUCAGCCAUCUGUGUUUUGCUGGAUGGACAGAUCCUGGUUGUAGACAGCAAUAAUAAAAAAGUCAAGCUACUUGACCAACAGUACCAGGUGGUGAGUCACUGUAGUAUGACUGGCUAUCCACACGACUUGUGUCAGACCAUACCCAGUGAGGUGGCUGUGACUUUAAAUGAUCAUGAAAAUUACACACAUGAGGUGCAGUUUAUCACAGUCAACAACAAUAUGCUGGUGACAGGAUGGAAGUUUCAGGUACUGCAUACGUGUUAUGGUAUUGCCCACCAUCAGGGAGACCUGUAUAUUACUGCUGGUACUGCACUGUACAAGUACACAAUGAGUGGGAGACAAAUUAGCAAGAUGUAUGAGGAUAAAUUAGGUCCUAAUACAGUAGACAGGUGUGCUGUGAGUCCCACAGGGGACAGGCUGUACAUUUCUAACUGGUUCCAUCACAAGCUCCUCACCCUGGCCAGGGAUGGAAUACUCCUGGCCACCUUCACAAACCCAAAACUACGAGGUCCACAGGGUGUACAUGUGACCCCUGCAGGCCAGGUGCUGGUCUGUGGAGGCUCGUCCCACACUAUACUACAGGUGGUGGACAAUGAGGGCAGAAGGAAACUGGCAACUCUUGCUGGGCGAAAGGAUGGACUGGAUAUCCCAAUGUCAGUCUGCUACAACAGACAUACUGCCUCCAUCAUUGUGGGACUUCACAACAACAGUGCCAUCCUGUUGUUCAAAGUGCAAUAGCAUAAUUGUACAUGUAUCUUCAUUUUUUUAUUCAGAUGAUUUAAAUUGCCAUGGGAUUGUGUUGUUUUACAUUAGAACAUUAUGUUAUGAUACUACAACAAUGUUAGUAUUAUGGCAGAUGAAUGUAUUUUGUAACAAAUAAUGUCAUUUGUUCAAAGAAUAAAAAGGGUUUCUGUGAACAGUAUAACUAUUUUAGAAUGUAAUAUAUUGUUGCUUCUAAAGCAAUUGUUUUAAAGCAAUUGGUCAAAGUACUAAAACAUUGUAAGUUACGAAUAUAAUGGCUGUAAAAUUAUGGAAGGGAAUAUCCGCCAGUCAAUUUAUGUUGCCAAAUUACAAAUACAUAUAGCUAAAUUACAAUUGCAUAUUGCUAAAUGACAAUUGCAUUUUGCUUUAUUAUGCCCCCCUUCGAAGAAGAGGGGGUAUAUUGCUUUGCACAUGUCGGUCUGUCGGCGGUCCGUCCACCAGGUGGUUUCCGGAUGGUAACUCAAGAACGCUUUGGCCUAGGAUCAUGAAACUUCAUAGGUACAUUGAUCAUGACUCGUAGAUGGUCCCUAUUGAUUUUGAGGUCACUAGGUCAAAGGUCAAGGUUACGGUGACCCGAAAUAGUAAAAUGGUUUCCGGAUGAUAGCUCAGGAACGCUUAGGUCUAUUAUCAUGAAACUUGAUAGGUAGAUUGAUCAUGACUCGCAAAUGACCCCUAUUGAUUUUCAGGUCACUAGGUCAAAGGUCAAGGUCACAGUGAUCCGAAAAAGUAAAAUGGUUUCCGGAUGAUAACUCAAUAACGCUCAGGCCUAGGAUCAUGAAACUUGAUAGGUAGAUUGAUCAUGACUCGCAGAUGACUCCUAUUGAUUUUCAGGUCACUAGGUCAAAGGUCAAGGUCACAGUGACCCGAAAUAGUAAAAUAUUUUCCGGAUAACAACUCAAGAACGCUUAUGCCUAGGAUCAUGAAACUUCGUAGGUAGAUUGAUUAUGGUUGGCAGAUGACCCCUAUUGAUUUUCAGGUCACUAGGUCAAAGGUCAAGGUCACGGUGACCCGAAAUAGUAAAAUGGUUUCCGGAUGAUAACUGAAGAACGCUUAUGCCUAGGAUCAUGAAACUUCAUAGGUACAUUGAUCAUGACUCGCAGAUGAUCCCUAUUGAUUUUCAGGUCACUAGGUCAUAGGACAAGGUCACGGUGACCCGAAAUAGUAAAAUGGUUUCCGGAUGAUAACUCAAGAACGCUUAUGCCUAGGAUCAUGAAACUUGAUAGGUAGAUUGAUCAUGACUCGCAGUUGACCCCUAUUGAUUUUCAGGUCACUAUAUCAAAGGUCAAGGUCACGGUGACCUGAAAUAGUAAAAUUGUUUCCGGAUGAUAACUCAAGAACGCUAAUGGCUACGAUCAUGAAACUUCAUAGGUAAAUUGAUCAUGACUUGCAGAUGACCCCUGUUGAUUUUGAGGUCACUAGGUCAAAGGUCAAGGUCAUGGUGACCCGAAAUAGUAAAAUGGUUUCCGGAUGAUAACUCAAGAACGCUUAUGCCUAGGAUCAUGAAACUUCAUAGGUACAUUGAUCAUGACUCGCAGAUGACCCCUAUUAAUUUUGAGGUCACUAGGUCAAAGGUCAAGUUCACGGUGACCCGAAAUAGUAAAAUGGUUUCCGGAUGAUGACUCAAGAACGCUUAUGGCUAGGAUCAUGAAACUUCAUAGGUACAUUGAUCAUGAAUGGCAGAUGACCCCUAUUGAUUUUCAGAUCACUAGGUCAAAGGUCAAGGUCACAGUGACAAAAAACAUAUUCACACAAUGGCUGUCACUACAACGGACAGCCCAUAUGGGGGGCAUGCAUGUUUUACAAACAGCCCUUGUUUAAUUUGUUACAAAAUAACUGAGUCUUC